AGCCUCACUUGCUUACACAGUUCCUUCCCAAUCUCUACCACCAUGGACUCCAUAGCUAUCGUCUGCACCGCUUCUCUCCUCGCCGGCGGUAUCUACUGGUUCGUCUGCAUGCUCGGAGCUGCCGAGCAAAAGGGAAAACGUGCCGUCGAUCUCUCAGGUGGCUCAAUCGACCGUGAACAAGUCCAAGAGAAUUACAAUCAGUACUGGUCUUUCUUCCGUCGCCCUAAAGAGAUUGAGACGGCCGAAAAAGUUCCCGCCUUUGUCGACACCUUCUACAAUCUCGUUACCGACAUCUAUGAGUGGGGAUGGGGUCAGUCGUUUCAUUUUUCACCUUCGAUUCCCGGUAAAUCGAACCUUGAAUCGACCAAAAUCCACGAAGAAAUGGCUGUAGAUCUGAUCGGUGUAAAACCUGGCCAGAAGAUCCUCGAUGCAGGAUGCGGUGUCGGAGGUCCGAUGCGUGCAAUCGCCGCUCAUUCUGGUUGUAAUGUUGUUGGAAUUACGAUCAAUGAGUAUCAAGUGAGCCGAGCCAAAGCUCACAACAAGAAAGCCGGAUUGGACAAGCUAUGCGACGUCGUUUGCGGGAACUUUCUAGAAAUGCCUUUUGAAGACGAGAGUUUCGAUGGUGCGUACUCGAUCGAAGCGACUUGCCACGCGCCCAAGCUGGAAGAUGUUUAUAGAGAAAUCUUUAGGGUUUUGAAGCCUGGAUCGAUGUAUGUAUCUUACGAAUGGGUGACUACCGAAUUGUAUCGAGGUGAAGAUCCAGAACACGUGGAUAUCAUUCAGGGGAUCGAAAGAGGUGAUGCGUUACCGGGAUUGAGGAAUUACUCCGAUAUUGCCACCGCGGCGAAGAAGGUAGGGUUUGAGGUGGUUAAGGAGAAGGAUUUGGCAAAGCCACCGGCAAAACCAUGGUGGUCGAGGCUGAAGAUGGGAAGACUUGCUUAUUGGAGGAACCAUAUAGUAGUGAUGGUGCUCGAGACGCUGGGGGUUGCACCCAAAGGCACGGUGGAUGUUCACGAAAUGCUCUUUAAGACGGCGGAUUAUCUCACUAGGGGCGGGGAAACCGGGAUUUUCACUCCGAUGCAUAUGAUACUCUGCAGAAAACCAGAGAAAUCAAAUUAAGCUUUGAUCAAUCAGCAGUCUUUGAGGUUUAUUCUCGAUGCCAAUAGUUUGUUUUUGUGAAACCUUAGCUCUUUUGUGCCUUCUAUCUUCUUAAUUAUUAGUUCAAUUUUCUGUUUUAAAUUAAUCAUGGUAAGAUCUGAAUCUUUACCCAAUUUGUGGAAUCUUGAAGAUCAUGGUGUUUUCCUUUUCUGUUUUUGAAUUUAUUGAAGGGUA